AUGGCUAAUAAAAGAAAAUCACUGUGUAUUGACGAAAAAGUUUUACUGAUACGCGCCAUAGAAACGGGAGAGAAGAUAAGUGAUGUUGGCAAACGCUUUGGAUUUAGUCGCUCUACCGUGUCCACAAUAUGGAAAAACAAAGAAAAAGUCCUCCACGCUGAAGGCGAGGGAAAAAAUUCCAAAAAAUUAAAGAAACCUAUAUACGAAGAUUUGGAUCAAGCUGUACUAUCAUGGUUUCACCGACAGCGCCAGAAUAAUAUGCCUAUUUCGGGGCCGCUCGUGGAAGCUAAGGCGGAGAAUUUUGCUGAAGAACUUGGUUUAACUUCUUUCAAAGCAUCAGAAGGAUGGCUCGGAAAAUUCAAGCAGCGUCAUCAUAUCAACUUUGGUAAAAUAAGUGGGGAAGCACGAAGUGUUGAUACAAAUGUGACUCAUGAUUGCAUUAACAGGGUGUGGUCAAAAUUCAUAGAAAAAUACGCCCCAAGUGACAUUUUCAAUGCUGAUGAAGCAGGAAUUUUCUAUAAGUUGACUCCAGAUAAAACUGAAAUUUAA